GAGGCCGUGCGGGCGUCUGCUCCCCGGGUUCGUGGAAAUCGAGUCGUCACUGCCUGAAAACACGCGCUGAAAAGGCGCUUCCUGCUCAACAAUAACUUGCUACCUUUGCUGUGACUUUUACUCCGGCGAAGAUCUGAGCAUGCGCACUUAUGUAUGGGACGGGGAGGACAUCACGGAAAAUCUACUAGAAGCACCACAAACGCAGAGAUUUCGGCUCUCCGCUGCACUGAAACUGCACGACGUGGGCGGCCCUUGACCAUGCCUAGAGCGGCGUUAAGAUGCGGGACGACCGCCUGACAGGCCUGGCCCUGGUCUGAGCCGUUGCCGGGAGGGGAAAUCUAUUUCUUCAUAUGGGAGCAGCAUGCGGGAAAUGGUCGGAGGUUGCUGCGUGUGUUCCGACGAGCGAGGCUGGGCUGAGAAUCCGCUGGUGUACUGUGAUGGACACGGCUGCAGCGUCGCCGUUCACCAAGCGUGCUACGGCAUCGUGCAGGUGCCAACUGGCCCGUGGUUCUGUCGGAAGUGUGAGUCACAGGAGCGGGCGGCACGUGUGAGGUGUGAGCUGUGUCCCCACAAAGAUGGCGCCCUCAAGAGGACAGACAGCGGAGGCUGGGCCCACGUCGUGUGCGCGCUCUACAUCCCCGAGGUGCAGUUCGCCAACGUCCUCACCAUGGAGCCUAUCAUCCUGCAGUAUGUCCCACACGAGAGAUACAACAAGAUGGCUGGUCUGCUGUGUGAGGAGGAAGGACCAGAAGCUGAUAACGUGAAGUAUUGUGGCUACUGCAAGCAUCACUACAACAAAAUGCAGAAGAAGUUGCGUUCUAGUGAAAAUACAAGUAGCUCCUUCAGUCAUUCCAGGGGGCGCUCCAGCUCUCCGUCACAGGAAAAACAGCACCACCACCACAGACAGAGGAAGAGUCAUAAAGACAAGAUUCGGCAAAAGGAGCGCCACAAAAAGUCGAGCGACAACCUGAGCUCCGCCGUGACAUCCAGCGGCAUAGAAAAGAUUUCCUCAAGUCACCACAGCAGCAAGGACGGCGAGGGAAAGUCCAAGAAGCUGAGCUCGCACGGUCACAGUCAUCGGAGCAAGAAGACCGGAAGCACCGGCAAGAGCUGCUCCUCAUCGUCCUGCUCCUCCAGUCCAUUCAACACAGGUGGUUCCCUGUCGUCUGCUCAGGAGUUUCAUCAGUUCUUAUCUUCUUCCCGCCUCGAGCGCGAACAUGACCGAGGAGGUGACGACCACAGCGGAGAGGAGCGCAAGGAGCGUCACAGGAGACCGGCAGUCCAGGCGGAGGAUGAGGAGGAGGAGGAGGAUGAAAAGGAAGAGGAAAAAGACGAGGAGGAGGAAGAGGAGGAGGAGGACUGUAAAUACCACAAGCCACCAGCACUGACCCCCGCUGAGGGCCCGCUAGCGGGGUCGCAAGGUCACGACAGGCCAGAGGGCAACUCCAGCCCUUUCGAGAACAAAGUGACCAUCUCCACCUUCGGGUCCAUCAUGCGCAUCACGUCGUCGUCGGGGCUCGGCAGCAGCAGCAAGAUCCGAAAGAUCUCCUCGUCGAGCGACUACAAACCCUCCAAAUCUCUCUGCAAGCCAUCCCAGCUGAGCACACCGCCCAUCCUGGAGGAGGCCGACCCGGAGGACAAAGCCACGCUUCCGCCUCCGCUGCCUCGAGAGAGGAGGCACCGCGGCAACAAGAAGAGCCGCCACGGCCCAGGGCGCCCGCGGGGGAGCAAGAACCGAGAGAGGAGGGGGGAGGAGGAGCACCACCACCACCAUCACCACACGGCGCCGCCUCCCCUAGCCUUAACCUCGUCGCUCUACCCGAGCCCGUCCUCCAUCCCCCACCCCACCUUCUCCUCGACGCUGCCUCCCACCGCCACCUCUUCCACUUCCUCUUCUUUCUCCUCCUCCUCGUCCUCCACUGGUAGUUUUUCUACAGGCCGCGGCAACUCGCUGCUCGGCUCUGGCAUCUACUCCAGUCUCAAGGACCCUCUCACACUGGGCGGGGGUGUCUGCAGUACCCCCCUUUCCCUGGGUGGAGGGGUGUGUAGCACCUCCUUGUCCCUGGGAGGGGGCAUGUGUAGCACCCCUCUCUCCUCAGGACUCCUUCCAUCCCACUCCUCGCUGUCUCUUCCACCAGUCAAUGCUGUGUCAAACACACAGUCUUCCACGCCCAGGUCUCCGAUGAGCUGUCUUCCUCUUCUGUUCGACCAGAGGGACGGGCUGGGCACCGGAGUCAGAGCCCGUCCUGAGAACGUCCCUCCAGCCAGCUCUCACAUUGAUCUGCUGCUGGAGAAACACAGCAACGGAGAGAUGGGAGUCAACAUUAUGGAGAUGCUCCAGUCGCUGCACUCCCUGCAGCAGGAGAACCAGCGGCUCCAGGACCAGAUCCUCAGCCUGACGGCCAAGAAGGAGCGACUGCAGCUGCUCAACACGGAGCUGGCCGUGCCUUUCCCUCCACAGGUUCACUCCACCCAGGGCUCCAUGCACACGUCCGCCCAGAUCAACUUCCUGUCAUCCACCCAAGACCCCCUGAGCACCAAUAAGAGCCCCCUGUCCAAAAGCUGCUUCCUGAAUGACACCUCCUUUGUUACCUCGUCUGAGGAGCUGCACUCCGGUAGUCCGUCCCGAAGCAGCUCGUCUCUUUCCUUCCAGAGCACCCCCCCUCCUCAGCAGAGCCCCGCCUCCUUCGGGCAGCCGCUGCUGAACGGCUUGAAUCGAGGGUUGAACGACGGUUUGGGGGCGAUCGCUCAGGCCGGCGGCUCCGCGCUGCCCGUGGUGGGCGGGCUCAUGGCGUCUAUCGCAGGAAGUCCUCAGCUGGCCGUGAACGGCGUGCUCGGCAGUCUGAACGGAGUGAUCCAGUCGCCUGUGCAGAACGCUCCUCAGCCCGCGCUCCCGGCUCUGCGACCCCAACCUCCACCCCUCAACCCCCUGGCGCUGGCUCAAGGCUUUCAGCUUCCCAAGAGUGCGAGUCCGUCGUCGUUCCUGUCAGAGCAGCAGAAGCAGCUUCUUCUCGAGCAGCAGCAGCUGCAGCAGUUCCUCACCUCGCAGAACUUCACGCCUGAGCAGCAGGCCUUGGUGUGCCAGAUGUUGCAGCAGCAGCGACAGCGGGAGCUGCAGCGCCUCACGCUGACAGGAGCUCUCACCUCCACCCCCAACUCACCCAUGAUUGCCCAGUCACCCAACCUGCUGUCCUCAGCUACAGCCUCCCCCCUGCAGGGAGGCCAAGGAGGCGGGCUCUUCGGGCUGCAGGAGAACACGCUUCACAAACCCGGAGCUACCGGAGAGAAAGGUGGAGACAAGAAUGGCUGAUGUUUCUCCACAACACGCGAGCAGCUCCGAAGAAAACAUCAGGCAUGACGUGCCGCCUUGAAGAGGUCAAAUUUCCAGGACUUUCUCCUUCUCUGUCGUCUUUAUCUUAAGCCCUCUUUUAUGAAUGUACAACAGGAUGGACUUUAAUGUCAAGGUGAAGUUUUUCGUGUUUUGAAAUGCUUGAUAUCAGAGGUUCUUCUCAUAGGGGUUUUUUUGUGUGUAGGCAGCUUUCAGAGAGCAUGAAUACAGUGGUCUCUUCUUAAAUUGCACUAAUUUGUUAGCUAGACCAAUGGGGCUGCUGAUGAAGGCAGAGUUCAUGAACCGAAGGUCCGAGUCUCUCUUCUCUGACCUCCCAAGCACUGACUGUUCAUGAAUUCCCUCCAGAGUUUCCAUUCAGUCAGUCAGCGAGGAAAAAAAGCAAGAAAAAAAAAAGCGGACUUCUGCCACUUCCUGCAACCUCAACUGUCUUCCUCGAUAUUGUGUCUUCCCUUUGUGUUCACCCCACUCAAUUUCAUCCAGAUCUUCUAUAUGUGAAGCCUCUGACGGGCACUUAUUAUGUAAUGGAUAAACAUGCAAUCAUUUUUGAUGUGUGGUUCGUGGCAUUUCGACAUUAAGCUAGUUAUUACCUCAGACUUUGUAUUUUUCAUUGUUGACUUUUGUGCAGACUCAUUACCACAAUAGCCUUCACUGGAUAUAAAUGCCCACCAAAAAGAUAUCUUGGUGUUUGCUCUAAGGUAUUAACAUGUAAAUGUAAAAAUGACACAGCACCUGCGUGUCCAGAAAGCCGCCAUCGUCUGCGGGCGAGCGCCGGGUUUUGUUCCAGACACCGCCAGAGUUUCUCAAGACUUUUAUAUCCUUCUAGUUGCUGUCGAGAUUAAGCGGACGAAACCAAACAUUUGGAAAUUGUAAGUAAGAAAUUAAUAGUUUUUUCCUAAACAAGUGUGCACUUUGCAUGUUAGUAGCUAACAGAGCAAAUUAGCCAUCAACACAGUACCUUCUAAAGGAUGCUCGGUACUUCAUAGGUCGCUAGGGACUAACAGGUUUUUGAUUUUUCUGAGUAUUUUGCACUCCUGUCCUGAAGUGUCAGUCUUUUACUGUCAUACAUAGAUAUUCCUUUCAUGUCCACCAACUAGCUGUUCUUUUAGCAAUACUGGAUAGAUAAUGCCUUAAUGAUGUUAGAUUUACAGAGGAAACCACGAGCCCGAAGGCUCACUCUCUUCUCGUCUUUCUUUGAUAACGUGUUUCUUUUUAUUGCGGGUGCACGGAGGGUCACGUUGUCCAACGAAAGCUCUCUUCCUAAGCCCAUUUAUAUACUUUUGAUAGCUGACUGAUAAUUUCAACAGUGGAAAAAACGUGUGAAGCGUAUAGUGGUGACUAAAGUGUCAAAGCAUUUUCUAUUGUACGUUUUGUGUUGGAAUGUUUUUGAGUUGUUUGCGCUUCAGACACCUGAGAAACAGGACUUGUAGAGAAUCUGCACAGCAGUUUGAACCGCUCGUAA